GUUUCUGCUCGAGUCUUACUCAGGUAUUUUUAUUGCAAUAUAAGACUUAAGCUAGUAAGCAUUAUUAUUAUUUUAUAUGACAACGGAGGCUAACGAGCAGAUGGCCUACAUGAUAGAGGUAGUACCGUCGCCCAUGGACAUCCGUGAAAAUAGUCUUGAGGAUUCGUUGCCAUCCUUGAUUGUGGAAGAGGGAGAGGAAAGGGUGGGAAAAGGGAAAGGGCAACCAUCUCUCUCACUCAUCGGACGAAACGCAGCCAUUAAAGACUAUUUCACUCCGAUCUUCCGUGAGAGGGUGGUACUUCCCCGGUCGAUCCAAUCAUGUGACCACAGCUAGUCUCUACCACCAACCAAAUUACUCUUACCUUAUUACCUAUUUAGUGUUUUUAUAAUUUCAGAAUAUAAAUGCUCAGUGCAUAGGCGCCUAUAACGGUCUAGCAGCUGAUAACUUGGCUUGGCAAUCAGGGAAUGCGUUAGCAUGGGACGCUGCUUCUGCACCCUGGAGCGCGUCUUCCUGCGCUGGCCCUGCAGCUUAUUCUGGUCUUAAUUACGCUUUAAACGAAUGGGGUGCUGGAUACUCUCCGUCUAAUCUUGCUGCUUCCUACGGCGGAGGUCUUGCAGUAACCAGCAUGUCUCCUAUCUCACCCACUGGAGUUUCUAUGACGUCUGAGAAUGCAUACGAAGGACCGUUGUCCGUUGCUGGCACUAUUCCAUUCUUGGGUGCUGUGGCUUUAGAAGGAACUCUGCCGACUGGUGGUGCUGGUUCUGUCUCUUAUGCCUGCGGUAAUGGAAACGUCGCUAUGAUCAAUGAAGACUAUGCUGGUUACGGCGCGGGUCCUCUCGGUUCCGGUUACGGGUAUAAUGGAUUUGGUCCCGCGGCUUAUGAAGGUUAUAACGGACUGUCUACCCCACUAGCUGUGGAAGCUGGUCGCGCUGGAGUAGGCUAUGGUUAUAACGUGAACAACGCCCGUUUGGGAGGUUGCGGUUGUGGCGCUGUUUACUAAAUAUUAAUAAAAAUGUUAUUUAAUUAAAAUAAAAUCAUUAUUACCUUACAUUAAUCAUGUUUUUAUGCUUCAUAAACAUUUGUUUUUAUUUCAAUUAAA